AUGCAGUGCGAGGAUAAGGACUUCGCGCUGGGGUGCCUGGGGUCCGUUUUCAAUGACGCAUCCGGCAGUGAUGUCACCAUCAGGGGGCCCGAUGGCCGUGAGGUGCACUGUCAUCGUGUCUUCCUGUCUGCGGCCAGCAAGGUCUUCCGACAGAUGUUCGCCUCUGGAAUGGCAGAGAGCUCUGCGCAGGUGGUGGAGGUGGGCGAGGUGGACCCCGGCGCCCUGGAAGCCAUGCUGCGCUUCAUCUACACCGGCUCCUGCGGCAUCACCGACGCCAGCCUCGUUCCCCUGACUGCAAUCGCCGACCGCUUCGACGUGUCCGCCCUCACGACCCUGUGCGCCCGCUACGCCGACAAGCACCUCGCCAUCUCGGAGGCCACCUGCUGGGAUCUGCUGGAAUCGGCCGUGGCGUACGGCGUGGCGCCGGUCGCUCGCCGCGCCUCGCAGUUCGUCCUCAAGCGCAUGCCUCCCGAGGAUGACGGCUGGGUGCGACUUUCCGAGCCGGGCCUUGAGGCCCUCACCCGGGCGGCCCUCCAGGAGCUGGCGCACUACAAGGUGAUCCUGGCGAUCGAGCGGUGGAUCGAGCACGACCGGGCGCGGCGCCUGGACCACGGCCUGGCCGCCCUCAAGCAGUGCAGCUUCUACGUACUCACCCUGGACGAGCUGGCUCGAGUGUCCGCGCUCCGCGUGGUGUGCGACAGCCCGCCGCUGCGCAACAAGGUGUUCCAGUCCAUCUCGACCAUCGGCAAGAUGAUGCAACAGUUCCCGCGCAUCCGGGCGGGCGCGCCGGAGGCCGCGACGGUGGCGGAGUGGCGCGAGCCGGGCGCCGCAGGCAUCUGGACGGCGCUGACUUCGGGUCGGCAUUUCAUUCUUGCAAAGGGCGGCGAGGGGGGGAGCAUCAGAUUGAUUGAAGAUGGGAGGGAGAUCUUGGAGUGCGGGAGGCGCAGCGGGGGGCGCGGUGCCGUGGUGGGCGGCUCCUUCGAGCUGAGGCAGGGCGACCGUCUGGUGGUGAGCGUCGGGGCCCGGGGGACCGGCGGUGCUGGGGGGGGAGGGAGUUACGUCAUGAUGGCGGGAUCCAAGGAAGGCGGAGGCGGGACGGGGGCCCAGAGGCUGUUGGUCGCGGCGGGAGGUGGGGGAGGGGCCGGCUGGCGGUCCGCCGGGCUGGACGCGGAGAUCGAGGCCGGGGAGGCUGGUGGCUGCUCUUUGGGACCCGGAACGGGCACGCCGAGGGGACUGGAUGGGGGAUUUCGAGCGGCCGCGUUUCGAGCGCGUGGACUGGUGACGGGUUAUCGGGGGAAUGGGGACGCAGAGAAGGAGAGGGAGGUUGGCAUCGUGCCGGGGGGGUGCCUGUCCGCGGGCCUGGUGCUGGGCGUGGUGGCGGGCGAGGGGGAGGCGGGGUGCGGAUUCGCGACGCCGCCACCUGCGGUGCUUAGGGGGGGCGCCGCGAGGGGCGGUGGGGUGGGAGGAUCGGGAGGGGGGGGCGGGGGGAGCCCGGGGGGCCCGGGAGGGGCCGGUGGGGAAGGGGGCGGCGGCGGAGGGUGCUUCGUUGCGGACUCUGCAGAGAACGUGGCCAAGGAGGUGCGGAACUUUGGGCACGGGAUGGUGAAGAUAUGCCUGGGCGCCGCCCCCGAAAGGGCCUGGCUGUAUUCGUAG